CACAAACAACACGUAUUGUUCCAGACAUAUUGAAAACAUUUUCGACGAUUUCGUUAUGGUUUUAUUCCAAUUUCGGUAUGAAAAUCUUAAAAUUUAUUAUAAUUUUAACAUCGAUUUUCAUAAUAGUGAAUUGUAACGAUGGAUUUUGUCCUUUAUUUGAAGAUUGUAGAGAAGGGGAUUGCGCGUUACCCACUUGCACCGCCAAUGAGAUAAUUAAGGAUAUACCAUGCAGCUGUUGCUCAUUUCGAAACGACUAGAUUGCGUAGAACCACCGCCGCCUCCUUGUCCUACAGAAAAAGAUUGUGAAAAUAUUCAUUGCGUCCAGCCGAGUUGUAGAACAGGUUUUGUAUCUAGGAAAUUACCGUGUACUUGUUGUGAACAAUGCGUGUCUAAAAAUUGCGAAACGGAAUGUUCUGGAGUUACUUGUGCGGAGGAAAUUUGCAAAAGAGGUGAAAUAUUGAAAUCGGUUCGUUGUAAAUGUUGUCCACAAUGUGUCACAGCCGAAUUUGAACCGCAUUGCGAUGGGGUAAAAUGCAAAACUCCUGUUUGUAGAGUAUGGGAAAUAGCUGUUAAACAACGAUGUAGAUGUUGUCAAAUUUGUAUGCCAAUUAAAAAAUAAAUAGUUUAUUAUUGGGUUUACGAUUUAGAAA